AACCAACCAAAAAUCGAAUUAACAACAUCAACGAUCAUCGCCGGCUUACUAUCUUUCCUAGCUUCAUCAAUCUCAAGCGCCGGUGGAAUCGGCGGUGGAGGUUUAUACGUACCGAUAAUGACAAUUGUGGCCGGUCUCGAUCUAAAAACAGCUUCAAGCUUCUCAGCUUUUAUGGUUACUGGUGGAUCUAUAGCUAACGUGGGAUGCAAUCUAUUCGUUAGAAACCCUAAAUCUGGUGGCAAAACCCUAAUCGACUUUGAUUUAGCUCUUUUAUUGGAACCAUGUAUGCUUCUUGGAGUUAGUAUUGGUGUGAUUUGUAAUCUUGUUUUUCCGAACUGGUUGAUUACGUCUCUCUUCGCUGUGUUUCUUGCGUGGUCGACGAUGAAGACUUUUGGAAAUGGACUUUAUUAUUGGAGAUUGGAAUCGGAGAUGGUGAAGAUUAGAGAAUCGAAUAGAGUUGGAGAAGAUGAUGAAGAAGAUAAGAUUGAGAGUCUGAAGUUGCCUCUCUUGGAGGAUUAUGAGAGACCAAAGAGGUUUCCAUGGAUUAAGCUUGGAGUUUUGGUGAUUAUUUGGCUUUCUUACUUCGCAGUUUAUCUUCUUCGUGGAAACAAAUAUGGCGAGGGAAUCAUAUCUAUCGAGCCAUGUGGAAACGCCUACUGGCUAAUUUCAUCGUCUCAAAUACCACUAACUCUCUUCUUCACUCUAUGGAUCUGCUUCAGUGACAAUGUUCAAAGCCAACAACCAUCAGAUUACCAUAUCUCAGUAAAGGAUGUAGAAGAUUUGAGAUCAAAUGAUGGAGCAAGAUCAAACAAGUGUAUGUUUCCUGUAAUGGCUCUUUUAGCUGGAGUUUUGGGUGGUGUUUUUGGUAUUGGAGGUGGAAUGCUCAUUAGUCCUCUUCUCCUCCAAGUUGGUAUCGCUCCCGAGGUAACCGCAGCGACAUGUUCUUUCAUGGUUCUGUUUUCAUCAACAAUGUCUGCGAUUCAGUACUUGUUACUAGGCAUGGAACAUACUGGAACCGCAAGUAUAUUCGCGGUUAUAUGUUUUGUGGCAUCACUCGUGGGACUAAAGGUGGUUCAAACGGUAAUAACUGAGUACGGAAGGGCUUCGAUCAUCGUGUUCUCGGUUGGUAUCGUCAUGGCAUUGAGCAUUGUGUUGAUGACAAGCUAUGGGGCUCUUGAUGUUUGGAAUGAUUAUGUCGCUGGUCGUUACAUGGGUUUCAAAUUACCUUGUUGAGACCAAAAAACGAAAGUUUUGGUUUCUUGGGUUAAAAGUUUCAUAAUAGAUGUGUAUAUCAUAUCAUCUUGUUGUUGCUUUUUCAUCCAUUUGGUCAUUUAGAGUUAAUAAGCUUUCUAUUUCUUU